AAAAUAAUGAAAAUAAUUCAUUAAUUUUAUGCCCUAAAUGUAUUUAGCGCUCGUUAGUCUCGUUUAUUCUUCUUUUUCAGUAUUUUAUUCAUUUAUCCCUUCAAUACCCCUAGUUGGAUACCGUUUCUUGCGUAAUGAAUCCUACCAGAGCUUUACCUCAAAACAAAGAAGCUUUACUGAAGUCUUAUAAUAGUCGGCUUAAAGGUGACGUGAAAUCGAUGCUAGAUAAUUUUGAAGAUAUCGUGAAGCUUUGUAAAACGGAACAUGACAUACAAAUUUCUCGUAUGACACAGUGUGAGCUUGAUGCUUACGAAAUGCAAGUUCGAUCAGCUAAUAUGGUCAGAGCAGCUGAAUCUCUCUUGAAAUUAGUAUCCGAUAUAAAGCAGUAUCUGAUUCUGAACGACUUUCCUUCAGUUAACGAGGCCAUAACGCAAAACUCAAAGGUGUUUCGUGCCAAACAAGCUGAAUGUGAUCAAAAGUUAAUGAACCUGAGAGACGAUAUGGCUGCCGAUGUCCAUGAUUUGGAAGAAGAUUAUUAUACUUCGAAUUAUAAAUGUUGAAAAUUUAGGACAUACAUAUUUCAUUCAAGUGCUUUUCUUCAAACAGCUGCGUCAAUCGUUGUACAAAAAACAACAAACAUGAAACAUGAAAGAAAUGUUCGAUUACAGCAUGUUCAUAAUCAAGGAAUAUUAGUAUAAUCAUACUUACUAAUUUAUAUUCCUUUUACAUUAUAACGUCUUGUAAACAAUGUUGAAAACGCCGAUACACUGUCCAAGUGCCCAAUAUGCAAUUUUAUAGGUACCUAAUACCCAUCAUAAUUUUCAAUUUGUUCAAGUUUGUUUAGUACCUAAUUGAAUUUUGUUACUUGUCAUUUUUUUACGAGUAGUUUUCAAAUUACAUAUAGUACAUUAAUCUAUAAUCCAUCGAAAUUUUCCAAGAAAAACCGCGUAUAACUUGAUGUACGUCUACAUAUUCGAAUUAAUGAGUACAGUGCUUAAUGAUUUGAUUUUUGUAAACAUGCUUCUAAAAUGUAAAAAAGGUUCUUUUCUUUGAAUAAAAUCUGCAGGAUAAGUGUGUAAUGUAUUUAUCAGAAUGGAUCUGAAAAGAAGAACCAUAAAAAUUAUAAAUUUGAGAAGCUGAAUUGAAUAAGUAGGCAGCCCUACUUAUGUAUGUAGUACAAUACAAACAUGUAUCAUUUAUAAUAAAUAGGUACGUUGAUUAGAUAA